CACUGUAGAAUCAACUACCAAUACCGUACCAAGUAGUACCAAGGCAAGAAACGUCAUUUUAUUAUAGGAGGCAUUCAUUUGUGGUGCGUUCAAGAUAAGAGAUGCAUAAUGUGUGAAAAAUCUAACAAGACUUCGUUAUCUGCCUCUCUAUCGCUCAUGUGUAUUAUAAUAUUACAAAGAGCAUAUAAUCCUCCUAGUGAGUAUUAUAUUCUUUGAUAUAAUCACUACGUUUUAAUAAUAUUAUAUGAGAAAGGGCCUUUAUAAGUUUGACACUGACACUGACAAGUGACAUUUAAUGAAAUGGUGUUAGUUUAUUUUAUUAUUAUUUGCACGUUUUACCAACAAUAACACAGUGUUCGUGUAAAUUUGAAGAUAAUCCAAAAUUAUUUAUAUACCUACCAUGUCAUUGAUAAUCAGAAUUAACAAAUAGAAAAUAUGUCAAUAAUGUUAUGUAUAUUUAUAGCCUAUAUCGAAAAGUUGCUUAUAUCAUAAUCAAUCAAAACUAGUUUGGUUUUUUUAAGUUAGCGCAGCCGGUAAUACGAAAUAGAGCGUUGUUAAUACUGUUUUUAGUUUAGUUAAAAAUUUUCAAAACCCAGACAUGGUAAAGUUAACAUAUUCCAUUAUAAUUAUCUAUGGGUCACAAAUGUUUUUAACUCUUGCCGAACAACCCGUAAAAUCUGAGGAGAAUCGACAAGAACUCCUGCUAUGCCGCAAGUGUGGAAGUGACGUGGCCGACUCUUAUUACUUAUUUAAUCAGCUAAGUCCCGGAGCUCGUAAAAGUGAACGGAGAACAUUGUUUGGCAAAAGUAAUGUAACUGUGCAAACAUUAGUAAAUCCAUUUGGUGUUCAGUUUGAGAUUGUUACUACAGAAAAGGCCAGAUGCCAUAAUAUUGGCAAUCCACAAGGUGCAGACUCAUGGUUCCCUGGUUACUCGUGGCGGAUCUGCACAUGUCCCCACUGCGGAGCACAUAUUGGCUGGACAUUUGAAAAUUCUUCAUUAGGGGUGACUGACCAAUCCACUACAGCAAACACAUUUCAUGGUUUAAUCUUGAGCAACAUUUUGGGAGAGAAUUUUACAGAUUCCCUGAUAAUGAUGCCAAAUAUUUACAAAAUGCAAUGACUAAUGAGCAAUAAAUUUGAAGUAAUGACUUGUGAGUAGAGGUAGGUAAGGUAUACAAAAAUCAAUCUUGAUGUUGCACUAAUACGCGGCACAAUAGUCUGUAGAUGCGAAUUCGCACGUUGCUCUGGUGUAUGAGCGUGACAGCGCUAUGUGCGUAUAUAGUGUUGUCCCGCUCGCACACUGGAGCGGCGUGCGAAUCAGCAUCCAAUGUGAAGACCGCCAUAGGGAGUAUUACUGCAAUGUUCUGCCACCAGAGUGCAGCACUGGCACCAACCGUAAACAGUUAUUUGACAAGUCGUUCAACGUCAGUUUAUAAUGGCAAAAAUAGAAUAAUAAUUUGAGUUUAAAAUAGAGAACAGAAUAUUAUAAUGUGCGUGAGUUAUUUCCGAAUGACAAUAAUGUACGGAAACUAUGGAAAGCGGCAACACGUUGGAAAAACUAUAGAGCAAAAAGUUCAAAAAACACUCAAAAAUAAGUUCAGUACAUACUUCCAUUUAUAUCUCUAAAUUGAUAAUUUAGGGGAGUGAAUAAAUAUUUGAAUAUAUUAACGCUUUCAGUGUCGCAUUGAGCAUUUAAUAAACGGCCUAAACGUCUAAUUAACUGGCAAAUUUUAAAAAAAUCCUGCGUCAUCAUAGCUACUUUUUAUACUACAAAUAUGAUAUUAUUUUCGUCGUAGGUAUAUUCGACAUAACUAAACAAAAGACUGAAACAAGACAAAUAAUUAAAAAUACAUUUAUUAAAAUUCGUUCUUCUUCUUUCCUUUGUAACCCGCACUACGUUCUCGAAGCAGUUUUUAUUAUCCUCUUUUAAAUAUCCGUAUGGUCCAUCCAACCAUCCGUAUAAAACUAUUAUAAUUUGUAGAGAUGCAACGAAUAGUGCCUUGGCGGAAUACCGAAUAAUCCGAAUAUCCAGCGGAGCCAUCGGCCGAAUAUUCGGCUAGAAGUUUUACCUAAAUCGAACGUGCGCGUGCGUGCUCUGUGCAAGUUUCAACUUGUUUCUCGCUGUAGACACAGACAGUCUUUGAUAUAAAUUGGUGCUACUUUCCCGCACGCGUGCGGGAAUGAGCAUUUUCCGUGCAUAUGUCGAAUCUUUAAAGAACCAUAUGUACUGAAAAACAUUGUACGAUACACGUGCAAAUAGGAAAUUCGCAACGAGUGGUGAUAAAUUCAAACACGACCGAAGGGAGUGUUUUAAAUCGACACGAGUGAUUUAUCACCACUCGUUGCGAAUUUCCUAUUUUCUGCACUUGUUUCGUAAAUAACUAUUAUACAAUCAUUAUAUAAUAGAGAGCUUUUCAGUAGAGUACCGUGUUUAGGCAACGAAGUUUGCCAAGUUGCCUAAGUGAGGUAAGUACGGGAUUGAAAAGCUUGAUUAUAUCACAAUUGUAUACAAUACUUUUUAUACGAAUCAACAAAAAUAAUACUUUAAACAUAGGUAAACAAGCCAAAAGUAUACAGUAAUUUAAGAUACGCGAGUAGCCGCGAUACCUUCAUACUCAUACGCGUCCCGGCCGACGGCGGCGAGGUGCCGCUGACCACCCGGCUGGGUGGUCAGCGACACCUCGUAACUCAUGAGGCUCUGGUACUUGCUCCUUGCUAAAUUAAAUUUUUAGACAGUUGUUUUUUCCAUUUAGGCCACCGUAGCCUAACAAGCAACGGUUAGCGGUUAGUCUAUGGAUGUUGCUAUAUUUAGGGUGUCAAAUGUGCGUUUAUGACUUAUGAAGAAAUUGUUUCUAUUAUAAUUAUAAAACUUAAAAAUAAUUAAUUAAUUUGAGCUAUCGUUUUGUUUCCUCCUCUUGACCGCGGCGAGCUGUGAUUGGUCAAUUUCAUUACAGUUGACUAAACCGUUUCGAAAUGAAUAUUACAGUUGAGUUGGGAGCCCAUACAUGAAAAGUACCCUAUUACAGUUUGGUAAAUGAAAUCUUAAUUACAGUCGACGAGUAAAAAAUAUUUAGUAUUAUUUUUCUCGUGUUUUUGUACUAUCUAUGAAUAUAAAGGUAGUCUGAAAGAUUUUACUGAUCUUAAUAAUUGAUUAGGUACUUGUAGUUCCGAAUAUUCGUUACAUUUCUAAUAAUUUUAUACGUUUUCUUUAUAUAUGCGUAUUAAUUUACUUAAUAGAUUAUUUGUUACGAAUAAAUAUGAAAUAUGCCUCAUGGCAGUUUUGUUUACUGUUUGUGCGAGUGUUGCCCCCUACGCAGAGUUUUGCGUAAUAUUCCCUAUUAUAUCAAAAUUUCUUACUGUUGAAUGAACACCAGUUGUUUACGUAAAUAUAAAUUUGAUUAUAAAAUA